AUGGCCAUCCUUCCAGGAGAGGGCGCUGCAAAGGUUUCCUGGGACCUCUACUCUGGGGAUGAAGAGGAGGCAUACUCGGCUGAGCCGCUGCCGGAGCUUUGCUAUAAGGCCGAUGUCCAGGCCUUCAGCCGGGUCUUCCAACCCAGUGUCUCCCUGACUGUGGCUGCGCUGGGUCUGGCCGGCAAUGGCCUGGUCCUGGCCACCCAUCUGGCAGCCCGACGCGCAGCGCGCUCGCCCACCUCCGCCCACCUGUUCCAGCUGGCCCUGGCAGACCUCCUGCUGGCCCUUACCCUGCCCUUCGCGGCAGCAGGGGCUCUUCAGGGCUGGAGUCUGGGAAGUGCCACCUGCCGCACCAUCUCUGGCCUCUACUCGGCUUCCUUCCACGCUGGCUUCCUUUUCCUGGCCUGUAUCAGCGCCGACCGCUACGUGGCCAUCGCUCGAGCGCUCCCAGGCGGGCCGCGGCCCUCCACUCCCGGCCGCAAACACUUGGUCUCAGUCACCGUGUGGCUGCUGUCGCUGCUCCUGGCGCUGCCUGCGCUCCUCUUCAGCCGGGACGGGCAGAGGGAAGGCCAACGACGCUGUCGCCUCGUCUUCCCCGAGGGCCUCACACAGACGGUGAAGGGGGCGAGCGCCGUGGCGCAGGUGGUCUUGGGCUUCGCGCUGCCGCUGGGCGUCAUGGUGGCCUGCUACACGCUCCUGGGCCGCACGCUGCUGGCCGCCAGGGGGCCAGAGCGCCGGCGUGCGCUGCGCGUCGUGGUGGCCCUGGUGGCGGCCUUCGUGGUGCUGCAGCUGCCCUACAGCCUCGCCCUGCUGCUGGAUACGGCCGAUCUACUGGCUGCGCGCGAGCAGAGCUGCCCUGCCAGCAAGCGCAAGGAUCUGGCACUGCUGGUGACCAGCGGCUUGGCCCUCGCCCGCUGCGGCCUCAAUCCCGUGCUCUACGCCUUCCUGGGUCUGCGCUUCCGCCAGGACCUGCGGAGGCUGCUACGGGGUGGGGGCUGCAGCUCAGGGCCUCAUCCCCGCCGCGGCUGCCCCCGCAGGCCCCGCCUUUCUUCCUGCUCAGCUCCCACAGAGACCCACAGUCUCUCCUGGGACAACUAGGGCUGCGAAUCCAGAGGAGGGGGCAGGCUGAGGGUCGUGGGAAAGGGGAGUAGGUGAGGGAACGCUGAGAAAGAGACGGGGACCUAAAGGGACUACCUCUGUGCCUUGUCACAUUAAAUUGAUAAUAUGGAAAUGAGACGCAACCCAAAA